CUCUAGUAUCUUUCGGAGCAGUGACCAAUUGACCAUUGAUCGCUCCAGUUGUGACCAGUUUGCAUCGGUUCGCGUCUCGUUUAUGAUACUAUUUCUGUUUCAUCGAUUUCUCGAUUGACAAUUUAUAGACGACAUAUUCACGGUUAAAUCGCUCAAUAGAAUGGGUUCAGUUUCCAGUACAAAAAGAACCAUCAUGCCGUCGACACGAGAUCUCGUCAAUGAACUCAUCGCCAAGGAUUCAGUCGUUAUAUUCUCCAAAACUUACUGUCCAUACUGCAAAAUGGCCAAGGAGGUGUUUGAUUCGUUGAAGAAGACAUACACAGCGAUAGAAUUGGAUGACAGAGAAGACGCGCAAGACAUACAGGAUGUGUUGGGUGAAAUGACAGGCGCCAGGACGGUGCCCAGGGUAUUCGUCAAUGGAGCGUGCCUAGGAGGUGGCACCGAUGUGAAGAAAUUGCACCAGAGCGGCGAGCUUAUAAAAAAAUUUUGAACCUUUAUCAGCGGAGUGCCCUGUGAUGAUGGAUAGAUAAUGUAUUCGUCGUAAUACAGUAUAAUGUACUUUAAUUUAACGGAAUAACAUUAUUACGCUAACGUCGCGUAAAUUUAUAUAUUUUACAAACGUGAAACAGUUUUUCUAAGAACACUUUCGUGAUUCCUAUUCUAUUUCCACAUUUUUGUAUUUUUUUAGUGCAAUUUAGCAAACAAAAUGUUGACGAAGACUUAGCGUAGUUUCACGGAUUUUUAUAGCGAUGAAAUUCUUUUGACGUAGCAGUGGGACUUAAUUUUUCCGUUGAAUUCACUUUAUGCGGUUUGUAAAAGCAAGGCAUGAUACAUAGAAGAUCAAGCAGCUGUCUAACAUUAGCAAUAAUUAUGACAAAUCUGUGUUCAUAGAUAAAAUAUUGUGUCCACAAUAAAAAUGCUGCAUU